GAUGCGGCUGCUGCAAUGUCCGCUCUCCGGCAGCAACUCUCGUCCCCGCAUCUCGAUGUGCGCGUGCACGCGGCCACUGCCCUCUGCAGCAUCGUCUACUCACGAGAGGUGCGUGUGGAGGGCGUCAACAUGACCUCUCUGCUCGGCGUCAUGGCCGACGGACUCAACGGCGGCAAUGCAGCCAUCCAACUCCAGGCCGCCACGGCAGUUCGCAAGCUGCUCGCCAUCGAAGGAGUGCUGCCCAUCCAGGAGGCCAUUGAUGCGGGUGUCAUUCAACCACUCGUGGGGUUGCUCAGUGACUCGAGCAUGCCGAAGCUGCAGUGUGAAGCAACGUGGGCGCUGACCAACAUCGCUGGGGGCACAUCGGAGCAGACGCAGGCCGUCGUCGAUGCGGGCGGCAUCCCGCCCCUCAUUCAGCUGCUGUCGUCACCUGACGAUGAUGUGCGCGACCAGGCCGUGUGAGGACUGGGCAACAUCGCCGGCGAUGGGUCAGUUUCCCGUGACCUGGUGCUGGAGACGGG